AGCGCGGUCACCUGGGAUGCUGCAACACGGCUUCAUGCUAGAGCGUGUUUCACUAUAAACAGCUUGUGACCGUAGGGGAGAGAAUGAAGCUCGGGAGCAAGGCUGAGGCGCGGGGGCUUCCCCAGAGGAUGAAUUAGCUGGGCAGCAGCUACGGGAGGACCUCGUGUUAGCGCAGCUGCCGGUUUCUGUCCCGAGCGCGGCUGCCGGGAGGAGGAGACCAGGCUCUGGCUGCGAAGGGGUUGGUGUGUCGGGUUUCCAUGCGGGGCACGUGUGGAUAAUGCGAGCUGCGGGCGCUGCCGCCUGCUCCAGCCACCGCUGCCGAGUGAGCCGGGAGCAUGGGGCAGGUGGCUUGGAAGGGUUUAUUUCUGUCGCUUUUUGAUUAUAAAACGGAGAAAUACGUCAUCGCGAAGAACAAGAAGGUGGGGAUUCUCUAUCGAGUGGUGCAGCUCUCCAUUCUGGCUUACCUGGUGGGGUGGGUGUUUGUUGUCAAGAAAGGCUAUCAGGACACAGACACAUCCCUCCAGAGCUCUGUCAUCACCAAGCUGAAAGGGGUAGCCUUCACCAACACCUCGGAGCUGGGCGAAAGGCUGUGGGAUGUUGCAGACUACGUCAUCCCUCCACAGGGUGAAAGCGUCUUCUUUGUCAUGACGAAUCUGAUCGUGACCCCAAACCAGAGGCAAGCCACGUGUCCUGAGGUAGGAAGAACUGAGCCCCUUGGCCCCCCGACCCCUACAAAACUGGGGAGUGCCAGCAUUCCUGAUGCCCUGUGUUACAAGGACGAGGACUGCCCGGCAGGAGAAGCAGUGGUGGCCGGCAAUGGGGUUAAGACUGGCCGUUGUUUGAAAGACAGGGACAGCGUCAGAGGGACUUGUGAGGUGCUGGCCUGGUGCCCAGUGGAGAAAAGAUCCAAGCCCAAGAAACCACUUCUUGCCAGCGCAGAAAACUUCACUGUUUACAUCAAGAACUCAAUCCGCUUCCCCAAGUUUAAGUUCUCCAAGAUGAACGUGCUGGCAACCAACAACGAGUCCUACCUGAAGAGCUGCCGCUACAGCACGGAGCAUCCCUACUGCCCCAUCUUCCUCCUGGGAAACAUCGUCCGGUGGGCUGGGAGCGACUUCCAGGAAAUGGCCUUGGAGGGUGGUGUGAUAGGAAUUCAGAUUGAAUGGAACUGUGAUCUUGAUAAAGCCCCUUCUGAAUGUAAUCCUCACUAUUCUUUUAGCCGGCUGGAUAACAAGUUUUCAGAAAAGUCCGUCUCUUCUGGGUACAACUUCAGGUUUGCCAAAUAUUACCGGGACGCUGAGGGGGUCGACUACCGGACGCUCAUUAAAGCGUAUGGGAUCCGCUUCGAUGUGAUGGUGAAUGGCAAGGCAGGGAAAUUUAACAUCACUCCCACCAUUAUCAAUAUCGGUUCGGGGCUUGCUCUCAUGGGAGCGGGAGCUUUCUUUUGUGACCUGGUGUUGCUGUAUCUGAUUAAAAAGAGUAACUUUUAUCGAGGCAAAAAGUACGAGGAAGUAAAGUCCAGUUCCAGGAAAUCGUUAUCCAGCCCCACACUGAACGGGAACCAGAGCCCCGACCAGCUCGGUGCACUCUAGGCACAGCGAUGGGUCUCCAGCUGGACUCGUGGGCCAGGAAACGACGCAGGUGUGGAGUCACACCAGGACUGGGUGGUGGAGAUACCCCAGAUCAGAUCUACUGGCUGUCAUCGGGAUUCCCAGAGGGAAAAAAGUCCCUUAAAGACCACCCUUCUUUCCCUGAAAUGUUCUCUGGUAUCCUGAGCUUGCAACAGUGUGCCAGCACUAUGGAUUUAUAAAAGGAUUUUAUAAAAGGAAAAAGAAGGCACCGAAUGAAUGUUUUUAUAUCUAUUGAUAGAUAGAUCUGUACCUACAUCCAUAGCCAGCGUUAUCCCGGGGCUGUGCUUCGCUUCCACGUGUGAAGAGCCGUGCUGUGAAACGCCACUGGCACCUUGAGGAGGGCUGAGGCUCAGCUGUCUCCUGCUCCACUGGCUUGUGGCCACCGCUUCCAGCCCUCGCUCGUGUUACCUGCAGGAUCAGCUGUAAAGCAGCGGGAUGCUCUUGUCGGGAAGUGCAAGGAGACGCAGCAUUUCAGCAGCUCUGAGUGCGGGGAAAGGGGAUUAUUGUCCUACAACGCCCAUCACAGUGGGGGCGGUUACUCUUACUGCGCUGCGUGUCACCGUUAGGGCUAGAAAUGCUGCUCCUCCGGGAAAAGCCUUCGCAGCAGCUGCGACAAGGUGCUCUGCUCCUCUCAGGAAUGGCAGGAGAAGGUCCUGCUGCAGCGAUGAAUGGAGGAUCCGUUCAGCCACGGUUGGGUCCCCGGUACGUCACCCGCUGCCCACCGUCUCCAUGUGCAGGUGGCCCGGAGAACCGAGACUGCAGAGCACGGAGCAGGUCGCAGCAGGCAGGGAGAGGGGUGUUUGUGGUUGAGCGUGGGGGGAAAAGGGGGUCAGCGCACUGGAAAGCAACGUGGCAGUGGGAGGAAUCGGCACAGGGAUGGUCUUAGUUCUCCCUCCUUUGUUCAGCGCCUGGUUUCGUUUGCCCAGCAUUGUCCUUUUUGCAUCACUCACCGAUUGCUCGCGGUGGGGAGAUCUGGACGGGGAACUUAACGCCUCUGCUGUUUUUUGCAGUGCCCUGAGCUGUAGGGUGCCCAGCCUGCAGAGACUGAAAAGGGGAGCUCCAACAGGUAAAACAGAUUUUGCCAGGUUCUUCCACAUACACCAACAGGAGGAGAAGUUAGAUGGUUGUCCACUACUUCAGCACUCUGGUAACUUCCAAGAACUACAAGUGCUUCUUUGUUUCUCAAUAGAGAAAUGAGUCUCGUUGCUGCCCAUUUUGUGAAUUUAUGUUCAUAUGGGGAUGUAACUAAUCUCAGAAAAGCGCUUCUAGAAUAUCAUUGUUUACUUUUAAGGUUUGCGUUUGCUUGAGCUGACAGGAAUAUUUGAGUAUUUUUGAAAUAUUAGUCCUUUCAUUUAAGGCUUCCACCCCAUGGCUUGGUACAGACUGAUCAGAGUGUUCUGCACAUGCCGCCAGGUCGCCGUGGAUCAGCAGCCAUCGUGACAAACAUUGAGUGUUUCUGUGCACUCCCUGAAUAUCGAGAUUUAAAGGAUUCCUGCUGCAGCGUCCUUACGUACUGCCAGGAGAGCUGUAGGGAGGGUGGUGUGACAGAGGGCGGCUCUGCUCGAGUGUCACACACAGCGGGACCAGGCAAACUGCACUCACUCCGCCUUAACUCCUCUAAGGUGGUUACUCUGAGGUACAGAUUGAUUCUAAAUUAAAACUCACCUUUGUUAGUGAACUUAUUUAGGGUAAGCUGUGUACCUUUGCUGUAAUUGCACCCAGAGCCUCAUCUCUUCAUGCCCGAAGUCUCUCCUCUUGCAAACGUGAGUUAACGUGUGUAGAACCGCCACGCCAAUAAAACAGCCCAGGCUUCUGCCUGCCAGAGCUUAAUUCUACUUGAGUAAUUUCUAGAUGGUGAAACACGUGGUGAACCCCACAGGUGGCAUCAGGCUAAGGCACAACUCAUGGAGACGGAGUAUUCCACUUGACAAAACAACAUCCUCUUUUUGGAUGACCAAAGCAACUUCCUGAAUUUAAGUCUUCAGGGGCUUCAGGCCCCCAAAAUCCCUAGAAAAUUUCCCUUCUGUUUAACAUGCUUCCCACAACCAUUGCUGUUAAUAAAACAAAAUCAGAUUCCAUCUCAGGAGCUUGUUUCUUUGACCUUUCUUUUUCCUUCUAUUUAACGUACAGCAAUAAAAUUUGUCCCUUUAGGGCAGUGUUCUCCAAGUCUCUUCUGUAAGGUGUGUUCUUUAGGUUGCACCUGCUGCUUUCUCUUUGUGACACAUGCUUACGCUAAACAAGUCAAUUAAGUGUUUAGAAAGUAUGUGAACAGUACAGGUGUAUAAAACAUAGCCAUUAAUGGGUUAACAACUGCCAGUUGUCUUCUGAUGGGGUGAAUCCGUCAAAGCGUACAGUACUGAGGCAAUUCAAACCUUGAUCGUCGUCUUCCCCCAAAAGGAAACAUCACUGAGGCAAUGUUUAUAGUAGCAAAUCCACCUUUUUUAUAACACUGCAUUUCACCAGAAAUUGAUUUUUCUGUAAAAUACUUUUAAAUACAGAACAUGAUGUUGUAAAAUCUUUGUACAACAGAAAAAGGGAAUAUCUUACAGCGUUCUGGUGAAGCAAUGACUGAUUCAAAGAACAGAGUUACCCGGAUGGAGCAGUGUGUGUUUGUAGAAGAAAAUACAAAACCCAGUUGUUGUACAAGAGUUCAAUUACUACGUUCAAAUGAGUCUACAAAUGCUACGUUUGCACAAGCAGGUCAAGAGCACAGAUACCGCCUGGACGGUGGGCGAUCAUUUUCCUUUCUGCUCCUGCCAGAG